GAGGGGUGAGUGGAGCCUGACGCAGUGUGAGAGGCACAAACUGAGAAGAGAGAGACGGAGAACGAGGGAGACAGCGGCGAGGAGGCAGCAUAUCACAUCAGGUGCAAUUUUGCAUCCUAAAAAUCUUAACGCCACACUGGCUGCUGCUGAGCUCUUUCCCGGUCACCGCUGGGGCGACACGUGCAAGCUGGGACCAAAUCAGUGACAGACCAAGACUAAAAAAAAAAAAACACUCACAUCAACACGACCAUUCAUACUGCCAGAGGCAACGAGCGGACCGUUUUGCCGAGGAAGACCAGCGAGACGCUUUCUUCUCUUUCUUGGCAUCUGGAGCAGUGAUGUGAAAAGUGCGCUGAGACUGAGGGCUCUGUUGGCUCUGUUGGUUUGGAGAGAUCCUCCACCUGCAAAGGGACGAGUUCUCACACCAAGUACAGAGCAGCAAGCAAUGAGGAAGAAAGAAAAGAGGUGCUUGUCCAAUCAGAGAUGCAAAUGGCCACAGAAGACAUGAUUACCAGCCAAUCUGGCACCAGGACGACUUCCUCUUGCCAAUUUAUACACAACAAAUCAAAUGCGACCCCCUAAUUAAACAAUCGAUACGGUUUACCUAGACACGCAUACUGCCAAUCAAGUGAUACAUCCUAUGCCUGGCUCAUUUCUACUAUAAUAAAUCCUUAAAUCUUCACAAAAUUGAAACUUCAAUUCGUUAUACGAUUACAAGACAAGCUAAGGAGAACCACAUUUUACCUUGCUGUGACUACACUUCGAGCACUACAGACACAAAUCUGACAAAAAAGGCAAUACUACUGUACAAACAAGUCCUCUCUCCCUUUCCAAUGGCGCUAGCCUGCAUGAAUAAACGUUAGAUGGCAAGCAUCUCUGCUCGGCUUUCUCCAAUGGAUAUUGUGACGACAUCCCAAAUGGCCCGGAGGACAGGACAGAGACGGCAGAGACAAAACGUGACUGGAGGUUCUUCAUCAGUGGUCCUGUCCACAGCCAGCUCCUUUCUCUGUUGGCUCGCUCUGCUGUCAAUAAUGCGGUUGCCAAUGGUAACAGCUGACUGCUGGCUUAUCGAAGGCGAGAAGGGCUUUGUGUGGCUGGCUAUCUGCAGUAUGAACCAGCCGCCGUAUGAGACCAUCCCCUCCCACAUUAACAGCACUAUUGUGGAUCUGAGGCUGAAUGAGAACAAGAUUCGGUCGGUCCAUUUUUCUUCACUCAGUCGCUUUGGCAACCUCACCUAUCUGAACCUCACCAAAAACGAUAUCAGCUAUGUGGAAGAUGGAGCGUUCUCAGCACAAUUCAACCUGCAGGUUCUCCAGAUGGGUUUUAACAAGUUGCGGAACCUGACAGAGGGGAUGCUGCGAGGUCUGGGCAAGCUGCAGUAUCUCUACCUGCAAGCAAACCUCAUUGAGACUGUUACACCCAACACCUUCUGGGAAUGCCCCAACAUAGAGAACAUAGACCUCUCCAUGAACAGGAUCCAGGUGCUGGAUGGCAGUUUGUUCUCUGGACUCUCCAAGCUGACCACUUGUGAACUUUACACGAACCCCUUCAACUGCUCUUGUGAGCUGCUGGGUUUCCUGCGCUGGCUCUCAGCCUUCCCCAACAGGACCAGUGAGAGGAUGGUGUGCGACUCUCCUCAAGGAUUCUUCGGCUACAACCUCCUGAGCCAGAACCCCCGCAUGCCUACUCAGCGCACUGCUCUGCACGCGCUCAGUCACGUAUGCACAGACGACGGUAGUAGCGUGACACCCUUCUAUGUUAUUAGCCCGCACGAUUCCACCACCCCCCCCUCAGAUUUUGCCUCUCCAUGCGGAUUGGACGAUUGUGCUUCAGGGACCCCUCCUGAUGACGUAAUUAGUUUGAGCCCUAUUUUCUCAGACCCCAAUCCCAUCAUGACGCUAAAGCAGAUGCGACAUUCAAGUGCUGUGAUUACGGUUCAAAUUCCCCAUCCAUACAGGAAAAUGUACAUCCUGGUGCUUUAUAACAACAGCUUCUUCACAGAUAUCCAGAAUCUGAAAAAUCAAAGAGAAGAUAUUGAGCUCAAGAACUUAAAACCUAACGUCGACUACAGGUACUGUGUGGCUUCUAUACGAAACUCCCUGCGAUUUAACCACACCUGUCUGACCAUCUCCACUGGCCGCCGGGCCGGGACUGAGACGAUAGCCAAUCAGUCGUCAGCCACCCACUAUAUUAUGACGAUUUUGGGCUGUUUGUUUGGCAUGUUACUCUUCCUUGGCCUAGUUGUCCACUGUCUGAGGAAGAAGAGGAUCAUGCAGGAGAAAGAGAGGAAGAUGAGCAGGAUCCAAAGGACUCUGAUAGAGCUCAAGUAUGGUGGAGAAGGGGACAUAGAGGGAGGUAGUGGAGGAUCUGUAUCCCAGAAGCUUGGUGCUGGGGACAGUCUGUCCAGAAUGCCAUACCUUCCUCAGGGUGGUGAGAUUGAUCCAUACAAGCUGCAGGAGGUGAUAGAAACACCGGUGCACAAGCCUGCUAAACUUAACUACAUGGAAGUGAGAGGUUCUGGCAUUGAAAGGGAAAGAGAGCGAGAGCGGGAACGAGAACGAGAAAGAGAAAGAGAGCGAGAAAUGUCACCACAAGCAAAUCCCCAGGGCUCAGUAGCAGAGAUCUCAACCAUCGCAAAAGAAGUUGAUAAAGUGAAUCAGAUCAUCAACAACUGUAUAGAUGCUCUUAAAUCUGAGUCUACCUCUUUUCAACAGGGGAUCAAAUCCCCCUCUUCUGCAGGUGGAGGAGCUGUUUCUACUGCAGAGCCACAGCUGGUGCUUCUCUCUGAGCAAGGAGAGAGAGAAAGAGGAAGUGAGUUCCUCUCCCCGGUAUACAAAGGAGGAAGAGGAGGGCGAGAAGAGAGGGGGAGAAGCUAUCAUCAUUCUCUGCAGCGACACCACAGCAUGGAGGCUCCUCCGGCCUCCAAAAGGCCCAGCACCUCCUCUUCUCCUGGCUCUGCCCGGAGCCCUCGCUCAUUCCGCUCAGAGGGAGGCUACCACUCUUCAGAAACCCGCUAUAUCGAGAGGACCUCGCCCGGAGAGAGAGGAGAAAGGGGAGGAGGAGGAGGAGAGGCCAUUCGUACAGUCAACCCGGCAGCUGCAAUCUUACGAGCUGAAGCCCAGAGAAUCCGCCAGUACAAUGAACACCGUCACUCCUAUCCCGUCCCAGCAGCACCUCCAGGAGAUGCAGCACCACCCCCAGAUCCUCCAAGAGCUCCACACCACCCAGGGGGCCGUAAGCCCUCCAUGUUAGACCCCAUCACCCUCAACAGGCAGGCCAAACAGAGGGAACUGGCCUACUCCCAGCUCUCGCCACACUACCCGCUCUCACCCCAGUACCACAACCUCAGCUACUGCUCCAGCCCAGACGAAGACGAGGAGGACGAAGGACUGCUCUGCACCCCAACCCUGGGGCUGUGGGAGAGGUUCAAACUGCACCGGAAGAGGCACCGGCAGGCUUCCAUGGAGGACGAAGGAUACGUGGCAGCCGGACACGCACUGAGACGAAAGGUUCAAUUUGCCAAGGAUGAGGAUCUUCACGACAUACUGGACUACUGGAAAGGUGUGUCCGCCCAGCAGAAGACCUGAUCCCACAUCUGGAGACCCCAAACACUUUGAAGAUGGAAAAUAACAAGUCUGCACCCGUAACAUAUUGAUACAGAUGACAAAAAUGACUUGUAAAUACAUACAAAACACACACACACACACACACACACACACCUUACAAGAUCUACAGAAUCCAACUUCACACAUACUUCUAUAAACACACACUUUACACAAACCAAGCCUUUGCUUCUGAGAACAUGAAGGACCAAACUAAUAUAUUAUCUUGAACAAGAAAAAUCAUAACUUAUAGAGAGACUGAGUAACUUUUUGUAAUGUAACAAACAUCAUAGCUCAGACUUAUGUAGCUAUUUGUACUAAGUUUUGAACGAAGAAAAAAAAUAAUCAACAUUAAGAGCAGAAACCUUAUAUGUUGCCGGGCAACCCAUCCUGAACAGCCUGGCCACACUUUGAAUCUGCCUUAAGGCUGACAUUCAUCAAACCUGACCAGGGCAGAUUAGCCUCAUCAAUUCUUAUUACCGCGGUUUGAAUGCGAUUUUGCUUUGCUGGGGAGGUUGUUUUUUUGCAUCGCGCCCUGCGAUGCUGCUUCGAAAAUAAGACCUGUUGAAAGAUUCGCCGUGAUUUAGAUAUUUAAAACAUCAAAACGACAACAAAUUCCGGAUGGGUCACCAGGCAACAGUAAUAUUCAACUGUGCUGAGAAUGAGUAGGCAGCUCUCACCAGAGAAUGAGUAUAAUGUGCCAAAUCAACCAAGCGGGGAUAAUAGAGCCCUACUGUGUAACAACUUCUCCUCGCCACUGUUUUUAUAUACAGAAUUU